AUGCCAGCCGAUAAGAAGAUAGUCAAGAAGGGCGCCCACCCGUACCGCAAACCCCGCGACCCCGCUGCCCAGUCAGACAGACCGAAUAACGGCCACAAGGUGCUUCCCACCGAAGCUCGAGAUGCUGCUGGUUUGCCAGGUAUGAGCAAGCUGAAGGGAAGCAUCAGGCAGACAAAGAGGCUCCUGGCCAAGGACAACUUGGACCCGGGACUAAGAGUGAACACUCAGCGACGACUGGCGUCCCUCGAAGCCGACUUGGCUGCUGCCGAGCGAAGAGAACUGGAAAAGAAGAAUGGCGCCAAGUACCACAAGGUCAAGUUCUUUGAACGCCAAAAGCUCCUUCGCCUGAUCAAACGCUUUGAAAAGAAGCUUUCAGGCGGAGAAGACGAAAAGCAGCUCAAGGAGAAGAAGAGAAAGAGGCUGGAAGAAGAGCUGCUGGAUAGCAGGAUCAUGCUGAACUAUAUCCUGCACUACCCGAAUACGCAAAAGUACAUUGCCAUAUUCCCGUCCGCCCAACCUCCCGAAUCUGAUGACGAGUCUGAGCCCAAACUCACCCUCCCUCCCCUCCUGCAUCCCGUUCCCUCCCCAUCAGACAUCGAGUCUCUCGACAAACCAGCCAGACGGCGAUACGACCUCCUGCUCGAGACCGCCAAGUUGAUGGAGGAAGGCAAACUCAAGAGUGAGCCAGAGAAGGAUCUGAAGAAGGGUCAACAGGAUGGUGUCGUUGUGGGUCUUGGAGCAGGCGUCGAGAUUGGGGUUGGCAAGGGCGAGGUGGCGGCAAAGGAAGUAGAGGAAGACGAUUUCUUCGAGUCUGGAGACGACGAGUGA